AUGGCGACGGCUGAAGAGUUCUAUGUCGGGACGGAGAUCUUCUUUGGGAAGGAGUCGCUUCCGAUGAAUGUUCAGCUGGCCCUUGCGGUUUUGCAGAUUCCGAUAUUCUACUAUGUUCUGGUCGCGACCGACAGCUUGGAGUUCUUCCGAAAGUUAGUCCAAGGGAGCUGCCACUUUUGCCGGAAGAUCUGCUGCCGGCGGCUGAAAGGCAGUGCCGCGAAAGCCCCUGACGAGCAGAAUCCAAUGCUCAGGAAACUUGCAGUGGAAACGCAGCAACUGAUCGCGAGCUAUGCGUGCGCGACCGGCAUCGUCCUAAUAGGGUCGUUCUACCUGUGGUCGACGACUGUCUCCUCCAGAAGUGCUUUCCAAUUCGGUGCGCUUCCUUUGGUAUGGAGACACUACCACAUCAUCCUCCUCACGCUUGAGAUGGUGCUGUUCACCACCCUCGUGGCACUGAAAUUCAACUGCCUCAGCAUGAGCGCCAUGAAUGUGGCUUUUGCCUGCGCGAUGCUCCUUGUUUCCUGCCUUGCACUCCCUGGCAUGGUCGACAGCGAUUCCAUGGUUUGCGUGUCGCAGUUCAUGUUUCUCUUCCGCCUCACCUGCAUCCCGAUCUCUGGCUCGACGGCCCUUGUCUUGUUUGCCUUGGGCCUGAAUCAUUGGUGCCUGAUCUGGUCGCUGGAUAUCUACACAGCUGAAGUCAAGUGGUACAAAGCAGGCAGGGGGACGGAGAUGUACAUGGCCCUCUUCUCCGGCGUCUGGUACUUUGACAUCGCGGCCGCGUUGGCAUGCGUGCUGCUGCAUGCCUGGCUGCAGCAAGCACUGCGUUCGCGUGUCUCCAGGGUCAUGGAGACUAUGAGUCUGAAAACCGAAGCGGUAGCUUCCGAGUCUCUGCUGGCGACGUUUUGUGACGCACACUGCUUUCUGGACUCGGAUCUCUGCUUCGAGCGUGACGAGCGCGCCAUCGCAUCGAUGCUCUUACGAUCUGGGAACAAUGCCGGGAUCAAGUUCUUGUCCUACAUCAAGACGCCUGAAGAUGAGCUUCGCUUCUUAAAGCUAACACGAAGAGGGGAAAAUCGUACUUCCACCGCCGUGGCUCAGGCGAUUAACCUAGGAUUGAAGGACGGCUACAAUGACCAGGUGAAUGUGGAGCUCUUCCACGUCCUGACGCAGGAUCGCUUAGGUCGUAGUCGACAUCUGAUCGGCCUACGAGAGUACA